AUGGAAUACUCUGAUUAUUUUCUUGUCUUGCAGGCUGCUAUAUGGCAAGCACUUAACCACUAUGCUUACCGCGAUGCGGUGUUCCUUGCCGAAAGACUAUAUGCAGAAGUACAUUCAGAAGAAGCACUCUUUUUACUGGCAACGUGUUACUACCGCUCAGGAAAGGCCUAUAAAGCAUACAGGCUCCUAAAGGGACACAGCUGUACUACCCCACAAUGUAAAUACCUGCUUGCAAAAUGUUGUGUCGACCUCAGCAAGCUUGCAGAAGGAGAGCAGAUCUUAUCUGGUGGAGUGUUGAAUAAACAGAAAAGCCAUGAUGACAUUGUUAUGGAGUUUGGUGACUCUGCAUGCUUUACACUCUCUUUACUGGGACAUGUCUACUGCAAGACAGACCGGCUUGCCAAAGGAUCAGAAUGUUACCAAAAGAGCCUUAGUUUAAAUCCUUUCCUCUGGUCCCCUUUUGAAUCACUAUGUGAAAUAGGUGAAAAACCAGACCCUGACCAAACAUUUAAAUUAACGUCGUUACAGAACUUCAGCAGCUGUCUGCCUAACACUUGCACAACAUUGGUAUCUAAUCACAACAUACCCCACAGACAGCCUGAGACUGUCCUUAUGGAAACGCCACAAGACACAAUUGAGUUGAACAGAAUCAACCUAGAGUCCUCCAAUUCAAAAUAUUCCUCCUUGAACACGGAUUCUUCUAUGUCUUACAUUGACUCAGCUGUAAUUUCACCAGAUGCUGUCCCUCUUGGGUCAGGAACUGCCAUAUUAUCUAAACAAGCUCAAAAUAAACCAAAAACUGGGCGGAGUUUACUGGGGGGACCUGCGGCUUUGAGCCCGCUAACUCCAAGCUUUGGAAUUUUGCCACUAGAAACCCCAAGCCCUGGAGAUGGACCGUAUUUACAAAACUACACAAAUUCUUCUUCUGUAAUUGAUGUGCCAUCCACAGGAGCACCUUCAAAGAAGGCUGUCAGCAGGAUAAGCCAAGCUGGCACAAAAUCUGUCUUCUCACAGAGUGGAAAUAGCCGGGAAGUCACUCCAAUUCUUGUUGCACAAACACAGAGCUCUGGCCCACAGACAAGUACAACACCUCAGGUAUUGAGUCCAACAAUUGCUGCUCCACCAAACGCACUGCCUCGAAGAAGCUCCCGCCUGUUUACUAGUGAUAGCUCUACAACAAAGGAAAACAGCAAAAAAUUAAAAAUGAAGUUUCCACCCAAGAUUCCAAACAGAAAAACAAAAAGUAAAACAAAUAAGGGAGGAAUAACUCAACCAAACUUAAAUGACAGUUUGGAAAUUACCAAACUGGACUCUUCCAUCAUUUCAGAAGGGAAAAUUUCGACUGUUGCGCCACAGAUCCAGGCUUUUACGCUACAGAAGGCAGCGGCAGAAGGUUUGAUGAGCCUUCUUCGUGACAUGGGGAAAGGUUAUUUAGCCUUGUGUUCGUACAACUGCAAAGAAGCGAUAAGUAUUUUAAGCCAUUUACCAUCCCACCACUACAACACUGGCUGGGUGCUGUGCCAAAUUGGGAGAGCUUACUUCGAACUUGCAGAAUAUAUGCAGGCUGAGAGAGUAUUUUCAGAAGUAAGAAGGAUUGAAAACUACAGAGUAGAAGGCAUGGAGAUCUAUUCGACUACGCUGUGGCAUCUGCAGAAAGACGUUGCCCUUUCAGUUCUUUCAAAGGAUUUGACGGACAUGGAUAAAAACUCACCAGAGGCAUGGUGUGCUGCAGGAAACUGUUUCAGCUUGCAGCGGGAGCAUGACAUCGCAAUCAAGUUCUUCCAGAGAGCCAUUCAAGUUGAUCCAAACUAUGCUUAUGCCUACACCCUGUUAGGGCAUGAGUUUGUGUUAACGGAAGAACUAGACAAAGCAUUAGCUUGUUUUAGAAAUGCAAUCAGAGUCAACCCGAGACACUAUAAUGCAUGGUAUGGGUUGGGGAUGAUUUAUUACAAACAGGAAAAAUUCAGUCUAGCAGAAAUGCAUUUCCAGAAAGCACUUGAUAUCAAUCCUCAGAGCUCAGUCUUACUGUGUCACAUUGGAGUAGUCCAGCAUGCACUGAAAAAAUCUGAAAAGGCUUUGGAUACUUUAAACAAAGCUAUUAACAUUGACCCCAAGAACCCGCUAUGCAAAUUCCAUAGAGCUUCUGUAUUAUUUGCAAAUGAAAAAUACAAGUCUGCUUUACAAGAACUUGAAGAACUGAAACAGAUUGUUCCCAAAGAGUCUCUUGUUUACUUUUUAAUAGGAAAGGUUUAUAAAAAACUGGGUCAAACACAUUUGGCCCUAAUGAAUUUCUCAUGGGCAAUGGACUUAGAUCCCAAAGGAGCCAAUAACCAGAUUAAAGAGGCCAUUGAUAAACGUUACCUGCCAGAUGAUGAAGAACCAAUAACUCAAGAAGAGCAAAUCAGUGAAUGUUACCCUUAUGAAUCAGUUGGCACAGACGAAUCCCAAGAGAGCAGCAUGACGGAUGCAGAUGACACACAGCUCCACGCAGUUGAAAGUGAUGAGUUUUAACCUCCAAAAGCCAGUAUCUGAGCUCAAGUGUGUGACUGGUACUGUUGUGUUCUCCCCUUCCUUUGCAUCCUGGGUCUUCACAUCACUGAGCCAGCAUUGUCAUUACUCUCCACUGACACCAUGAGUACACCACUCAGACUUAAACUGUACACCGAGUUAAUGGCAGUGCAAUAUUCAGCUGCUACUGAGUCUGACUAGUUGGCUCUUACACAUUUAUGAAAGUGACUGAGGACGAAAUGCUAUUUUUGGACUCUCCUUUGCUGGAAUAAUAUCAUGGAAGAAAGACUUGUGGUUUGCUGUAAUGAAGCCAGUAGAUGUGGGGAUAGUACUAAUGAAGCAGUGUCUUGUUCUUUUUCCAGAAAUGUGUCUUAGUUUGGUUCUUUCUUGGUAAGCAGAGUGCUAAACCUCAUUUCCAAGUUCUUCAAGGACAGUGACAAAUGCAGGCUGUUAAAGACUUUUGCAUAUAUUGUAGUGUAACUUAAAUACCAGGGAAUGUAAAUGACCUUAAAGCUGCAGUGUCUCCAGUGAACAAACACAAUGCACAUGCUCAGGACUAGGAGUGUGUCAGACUACGUAAAAUAUCCAGUGUCCCUACUUAGAGUGCAAACUUGCAGGAGUGGAAAUGUAGCAGGAGAAUCACAUUGCAGAAUCAAAGCUUUCAUGAAAUGCUUUCAUGUUCUAACCGAGGAUUAAUUUAUUCACCUAGUUUCUGAAAGGUCAGUGUUUACUUUGUACUUCAGAGAAACAAGUCAGCAACACCUUGCUUCAUUUUUCAUAUACCCCUUGACUUGUUCUUCCCCUUUUAAGAAAAAAAAAAAAGAAUAAAGGGCAAAAAUCAAGAGAGAAACGUAGAUAGAACUGUAAUGCGAAAACAUCAAGCCCUUAAUCUAGAGUGACUGCGUGUUUCUGAGCAGGUAGACUGGGAAGACUGUGGAAGCCUUAAUACAAUCAGAACCUUAGUGAAAUACAUCAAAUAAUUGUCUAAGAUUAGUAUCAUUUUUAAAACUGUUUUGUAAAGUGUGGUCCAAGCAGGAUGCAGAAAUGUGCAAUUAUCUGUCUUUUUUUUUUUUUAAGCUGUUCUUUAAGAUCCUCACUCUAGGAAUAAUUUCCUCUUCUACAGAGUCUGCUUCUGUGAGAAGAAACCUAUGACACGUUUGAGUCCAAAAUGAUCUUUCUCUGUAGCACUCUGCAAGCAACAAUUGAUGCCCUUUAUGCAGUGUUGAUAAAGAAAGUGUAUGAUAUAAGCAGUUUUAAAGAGCAAUUUAUGCAUAAUAAAUUGGGAAUGAUAUAAAUUUCAUAGCAACAUAUUUUUGUGGUCAGUCUUCAUGUUCUUUUCUUAAUGUCUUUUCUUUUAGGGGUCUUUUAGUUACCUCUAGAACUUGAUGUCUUCUGUCACAGCUCCUCUCUGGUCAUGAGCCACAUGGACACCUUUAUCACUUGAAAAAUAAUCCUUAAGUGCUGAGCAAAAAUAUAAUUCUUCAGGCUUGGUUUUUUUGAAGUAGGAGGAUAAGCGGUGAAAAAUAGGCUUAAACUCCUGUAAUAGCACAAAAAGGAAUUUCUAAAAUCUGAGGCAUGGUAAUAUAUUAAAGGAGCUUUGACCUUCUGCCAUGUACUUCUGACCAGCUUGUGUCUGGAAGGUCGAUGAAUUGACUGGAAAAUCAUGACCUGUUUCAGCUGCCUUGAGUGUGCCGCGUCCUGCACUGCGUGUUGUGGUGAUCGAUAUUCUGGGGCGAUUCCCUUUCUGUGUGAGUCCCUCCCCGAGGAAGAUGCGGGGCUCAGAUGCCCUGACAGCUGCUCUGUAUCUCCCAUCGACCUCCCGUGCACUGCUCGAGUGUCUGUGUCCAGGUCGUGUCCGUGUCCAUCCCGCUGUGGUUCCCGUGCGGAUGCAGCUUCCCAGCACAUCCCUUGCAAGGAGUUUCUAAGCAGCACCUCAGCAUAAGGUCUGGAGGCAGGCAGCACUUGUGUGAAAGCCACCAAUUAAGGUGUUAAUUGGCUUCCUUUUGGUUCCCAACAUACUUCCUAAGCAAAAAGCAGGAGUAAGGAGGUGCUACUCAAGACUUUUUCCAUU